AGCUGUCGUCCUCGUCUAAGUCGCGCUGCGCUUGCGCUGUGUGGAUCCAGAAGGAAAAGACCAGAGAGUGAAUCGCAUUAUCGUUGUUUUGAUGGCAAGGGCCACUGAACGUUCAUAAUAAUAAAGCAAGUGAAGAGGUUUUGUAUCAAUAUCGUUUUGGUUCGAGGAAAUGGAGAAGGUAUGUACCGCGUCAUGGCUUUCGAAGCUGUGAAUCAAUGCGAAACAUUUUUGACAUUAGUGGCUACGAGCAAAGGUAGCUGGCAAUCAUUGGCACGCUAUUGUGAACACAAAUCAGUAAUGACAGCUGUUCACUUGUGGCAAUAAUAGACAGCUGUAACGUUAGCAUAUUUUAGAAAGACAUUGCCACUCAGACAGCGUGCCGGCUAUUAAAAAUCUGGAUACGGUCUAUAGGGUUUUCAUAGCCUAUGCAUUACAAUUAGAAGGUUAUGUAUUUGUUAUCGGGAUAGCCUGCUAAGUACUCGAACGAUAUACAUGCGCAUUAUAGUUGACAUUAAUAUAGAGCCUAUGAUAUUCAAAUAAAGGGCUCUCCUUAGGUUUUCAUGCGAUUAAAGGUUAAAUGGAUUGUCUUGUAAUAUUAAGCAAUUGACAGCAAAUAAGAAAAUUAUAACAUAAGGAUAUUGUCAUCUGCCCAAAGUCAUUUAAUGUCAUUAUUUCAGCUCGUCUCCCUACAGAUGUAAUGUGCGCUUUUAUUAUUAUGUAUUGCUUUGUUCCAAAUGAAGUGUAGGCGACACAUGUAUUGGAAUAAGACAACUGUGUGAAGAGCACAGCAUGUUUUUAUGACGGGACGCCACACGGAAGACGCCGAGCCUCUGUCUUGUUUUAUUUUUUUGUGUGGGGGGAAUCGUUGGAGUGGUUCGAUUCCCUGAAUAACAGCUUGGAUGUAAAGGGGACAUUACAGUAAGACAUUCCGAAGAUGCCCAAGAGGUGGACCACAGCAACGCCAUGCAGCUAUCUCCCGGUCGUCUUGUUGGUGCUCGUUCUGCCCAGAUGUAUACUGUCGAUCCGUGCCGACAAAACCAUCAGCAAGGAAGACCAUGUUAGUGCUACGGUCAAUGCCACCGUACUUGACUCAAAAGGCAAUCCUAAACAAAUUCUAACCAAAGACGAUGGCAUGUACGGACAGAAUUCACCGAAAGUGGACGCGAAAGGAAUCGUGAUUGCACCUGCACCGAAUCAUGGAGUGGUGGACCGCCAGGGCUGCGACCCCCACACUCGCUUCGUGGUGCCUCCCCGGACGGGGCACUGGGUGGCCCUGCUGCAGCGCGGCAACUGCACCUUCAAGGAGAAGAUCCUCAAGGCCUCGGCCUUCAACGCCUCCGCCGUGCUCAUCUACAACAACAACUCCAAGGAGGACACCGUCAAGAUGGGCCACGAAGGUACUGGCGACACGGUGGCAGUGAUGAUCACCGAGUCUUACGGCAAGGAGAUCCUGGGUCUGCUGGAGAGGAACCUGACGGUGCUGGUGAGUGUGGUGGUGGGCCAACACGGCCAGGCCAAGAACAUCAACCGUGGCUCCCUGGUCUUCGUCUCCAUCUCCUUCAUCGUACUCAUGAUCAUCUCCUCUGCCUGGCUCAUCUUCUACUUCAUCCAGAAGAUCCGCUUUACGAACGCACGUGACCGCAGCCAGGUAGGACAUAGACGUCGACUUGGAGAUGCAGCUAAGAAAGCCAUAGGGAAGCUGACAACCAGGACAGUGAAGAAAGGGGACAAGGAAACAGACCCAGACUUCAACCACUGCGCCGUGUGCAUCGAGGGAUACCAGCUCAACGACGUGGUCCGCAUCCUGCCCUGCAAACAUGUCUUCCAUAAGCUGUGUGUGGACCCCUGGCUGAAUGAGCACUGUACGUGUCCCAUGUGUAAACUGAACAUCCUCAAAGCUCUGGGCAUCAUGCCCAACCUGCCGUGCGUGGACAACGUCGGCUUCGACAUGGACCACAGGAUAGGACGCAGCCAGACGAUGGCCAGCCAGCGGACAGCCCUGGUGGACCUGUCCAGUGAGACAUCCAUCAGCCUGGAGCCCCUGCAGCAAGGCCACCCCGGCACUGGACCCCAGAUCCCCUCAGAGAGCGGAGAGCUCACCCCCCGCACCGGAGAGAUCAACAUCGCCGUCACCAGUGGCCACUUCUUCAACCGGAACUCCCUGUCCCCACUCAGUUUGGUCUGUGAGAUGGAGCUACCUGACACCCAGGCAUCGCUCGACCGCUAUGAUGACAAGUCGUGAGGGUCGUCGCCAUGGUUUCGACCCCCCGGCACGACAGCCUUGACUAACCUGUGGAGCAAUGACAUGACAUCAGAUAUUUUCUACCAGUGCAGAAUGUACUAUUAUUGCCAGUCAAAAAGAAGAGGGGGGAUUAUCGUCCUCUAUUCUCCCCCUGGUUAGAUAUUCAGUAAAGUCCUUCCUUGACACUUUCAUUUCAACAACUGACUCUGACAUCUGUUUCUAGAUGCGGUAGUGGGGAAUUAGCCCUUUCUAGUCUUACUUUGCAGGAUCUCGGCGUAUCGUCCAUUUCAAGUGUGCUAGAAAUAAUAAACCACUUGUUAGUGCAGCCUACAAUAAAUCUGUAUAUAUGAUUACCAAACCGUCAUUUAAUUUCGCUUCCUUUGGCUCUAAUGCAGUAAGAAAGGUAUCUUUCUUCCCUGGUGGACCAGUUGGCUCUGUUGUAUUUACUAUGCUGCCUAAACGACAGUGGAGAGGAUAUUUUGACUGGUGGGACAUGUCCAGGCAUGCCUAGUCUCUCCCUCUAUAUGGCCAUGCCUCAAGUGACUGGUGUAAUGCACCCACCAUGGUGACUGGGUUCAAGAAUAAGACCAGUGGAACAAUGGACAUGCUGAUGCAACAUUCUGAACUCUGUGAAAAGCAGUAUUACUUCCCUAUAGCAAAACCAAUGUCUCUGUAUAAAAAUUUGAAGAAAAAAAAUACAUUUUAACGUGUACUUAAAGCCUAUGAAAUACCCAGAUCGUGUAUUAAUCACCCCGUGUGUGUGUGUGCACAGUACCAGUCAAAAGUUUGGCCACACCUAAGGUUUUUUUUUAUUUUUUACUAUUUUCUACAUUUUAGAAUGAUAGUAAAGACGUCAAAACUAUGAAAUAACACAUGGAAUCAUGUAGUAACCAAAAAAAGUGUUAAACAAAUCAACUAUAUUAUAUUUGAGUCUUCAAAGUAGCCACCCUUUGCCUUGAUGACAGCUUUGCACACCAUUGUUAUUCUCUCAACCAGCUUCACCUGGAAUGCUUUUCCAACAGUCUUGAAAGAGUUCCCACACAUGCUGAGCACUUGUUGGCUGCUUUUCUGCGGUCCAACUCAUCCCGAACCAUCUCAGAAGGGUUGAGGUCAGGUGAUUGUGAGGCCAGGUCAUCUGAUACAGCACUCCAUCACUCUCCUUCUUGGUCAAAUAGCCCUUACACAGCCUGGAGCUGUGUUUUGGGUCUUUAAAAAAUAAAAUAAAAAAAAUAAAAAAUACUAGGCAAGUCAGUUAAGAACAAAUUCUUAUUUUCAAUGAUGGCAUAGAAACAGUGGGUUAACUGCCUGUUCAGGGGCAGAACGACAGAUUUGUACCUUGUCAGCUCAGGGAUUCAAACUUGCAACCUUUCGGUUACUAGUCCAACGCUCUAACCACUAGGCUACCCUGCCGCCCCAUUGUCCUGUUGAAAAACAAAUGAUACUCCCUCUAAGUGCAAACUAGAUGGAAUGGCUUAUUGCUGUGGUAGCCAUGCUGGUUAGAUGUGCCUUGAAUUCUAAAUAAAUCACUGGCAGUGUCGCUAGCAAAGCACCCCCACACCUCAUCCUCCAUGCUUCACGGUGUGAACCACACAAACAGAGAUCAUCCGUUCACCUACUCUGUGUCUCACAAAGACACGGCGGUUGGAACCAAAAAUCUCUCCUUGUGUUUCUUGGCCCAAGCAAGUCUCUCUUAUUCUUAUUGGUGUCCUUUAGUAGUGGUUUCUUUGCAGCAAUUUGACCAUGAAGGCCUGAUCCACACAGUUUCCAACAGUUGAUGUUGAGAUGUGUCUGUUACUUGAACUGAAGCAUUUAUUUGGGCUGCAAUCUGUGGUGCACUUAACUCUAAUGAACUUAUCCUCUGCAGCAGAGGUAACUCUGGGUCUUCCUUUCCUGUGGCAUUCCUCAUGAGAGCCAGUUCAUCAUAGCACUUGGUUUUUGCAACUGCACUUGAAGAAACUUUCAAAGUUCUCAAUGUUCUGUAUUAACUGAGCUUCAUGUCUUAAAGUAACGAUCAACUGUCGUUUCUCUUUGCUUAUUUGAGCUGUUCUUGCCAUAUAAUGGACUCAGCCCUAUUUGGUAAAAGACCAUAUUCUGUAUACCACCCCUACCAUGUGGCAACACAGGUGAUUAGCUCAAAAGCAUUAGGAAGGAAAGAAAUUCCACAAAUUAACUUUUAACAAGACACACCUGUUAAUUGAAAUGCAUUACAGGUGACCUCAUGACGCUGUUUGAGAAAUGCCAAUAAUGUGCAAAGCUGUCAUCAAGGCAAAGGGUGGCUACAUUGAAGAAUCUCGAAUAUAACAGUUUUUGAUUUGUUUAACACCUUUUUGGUUACAUGUGUGAUUUCAUAGUUUUGAUGUCUUCACUAUUAUUCUACAAUGUAGAAAAUAGUAAAAAAUAAAAACCCUUGAAUAAGUAAGUGUCCAAACUUUUGACUGGUACUGUGUAUGUAUGUAUAUACACACACACACACAGUAUACAAUCUAUAUACAUUAUAUCUCUAAACCGGCCUCUUGAAGUACUGUUUGUUUUCCUUUCACAAUCUUGUACAAGCAAAAUGGGUGAAAGGGUUUGUCCUCUGUUCUUGUUGUCCCCUUGUGUUAUCUUUAUCUGAUAUUUGCGAUGAUGUAACACGUGGAGGGGAGUAUGUCAGCUUCAGGUCACUGUGUUACAUACAGCACUGCCUCAGCAUUAAAAGUGUAAUUAUUGCCUAUGUCCUGUUGAUGCCCAUUCCAAUGUGUGCCGCUUCUUCAUGAAACACAGCCCAAUGUUAUUAACAUUUCAGCUGGAGUUUGGAGAAGAUUCUAUUUAUCUAUUCAGAUUAAAUCAAUUCUUAACACAGUGUGGUGAAAGUGUAUGGUGAUGAGCUUGAUGCUCCUUUCCAAUAAGUAGAGGGUCUAGUGGCACGAUGGUCGGUACUUGAUUGCCAUUUGACAAAUAUAAAUAUACAUAAUAAUCUAAUGUAGACAGGCCUACCUGCACUGUAUCUGCAAGCUGUUUGCUAGAGCGCAGAUGCCAAGACCAGAGUAGGUACGGUACAUAUGCUAUUUAAUGCAACAGUUUGUGACAACUAUCGGUUGUUGAGAACGUGAUAGAAACGCAUUGAACUUUUGAUUUUUAUUCGGUACAUGAAAACUUAAACAAAAAAGUACAUUUUGUGUGCACUACGUCAUCACACAUUGACUUUCAUCCGCAACAAAACCGUUUGGUGGAAAUACACCACUGUUGAAUAUUUGCAUGAAAAUCUGUUGCCAAGUAGAUGGAAACCUAGUUAUAGGGAGCGUUCAUUGGCAUAAUGAAUUUGGGGCAUGAUUUGGCAUUAAAUCAAAUGCCAUAACAUUUUUGGAAUUUUAGAAUCUUUGUCUAAUUUGUAUUGGUAAUUAUUAAUACUCAAAGAUUAUCUUUAAAAAAUAUACUGAACAAAAAUAUACAUGCAACAUGUAAAAGUGUUAGUCUCAUGUUUCUUGAGCUGAAAUAAAAGAUCCCAGAAAUGUCCAAACGCACCAAAGGUUUCUCUAAAAUGUUGUGCACAAAUGUGUUUACAUCCAUGUUAGUGAGCAUUUUUCCUUUGCCAAGAUAAUCCACAGGUGUGGCAUAUCAAGAAGAUGAUUGAACAGCAUGAUCAUUACACAUGUGCACCUUGUGCUGGGGACAAAUGGGCACUCUAAAAUGUGCAGUUUUGUCACACAACACAAUGCCACAGCUUGCAAUUGGCAUGCUGACUGCCGGAAUGUCCACCAGAGCUGUUGCCAGAGAAUUGAAUGUUCAUUCCUCUAUCACAAGAUGCCUCCAACAUCGUUUUAGAGAAUUUGGCAGUAUGUCCAACCGGCUUCACAACUGCAGACGAUGUGUAACCAUUCCAGCCCAGGACCUCCACAUCCAGCUUCUUCACCUGUGGAAUCAUCUGAAACCAACUACCUGGAGAGCUGAUGAACUGAGGAAUAUUUAUGUCUGUAAUAUAGCCCUUUCCUUGGGAAAAACUCAUUCUGAUUGACUGAGCCUGGCUCCCAAGUGGCUGGGCCUAUGCCGUUCCCAGGCCCAUCCAUGGUUGUGCCCCUGCCCAGUCAUGUCAAAUCCAUAGAUUAGGGCCUAAUUUAUUUAUUUCAAUUGACUGAUUUCCUCUUAUGAACUGUAACUCAGUAAAAUCUUUUAAAUUGUUGGAUAUUGCAUUUAUAUUUUUGUUCAGUAUACUAUGUUACGUCUAGUCUGAGGCCAGACUGAAUAAACUGCAUUGUUUCAUAAGUCAUAGUUGGAGGAUCACACACCAUAUGAUUGCGUGACUCCAAGUUUACUGCUAUUAAUAUAAAUAUUUGCACAUAAAGGCAUUUCCGCCACCAUUUGUCGCAUAAUUAAUUACACCGAUGCAAAAAUAUCACACCAUGUCGAACAAACAAAUGAUCAGUCGGCAUUUAUACAAUUGUACCGAAACUACCAUCAGAGCUGUCAUUUGUUUUAUAUUUCUUUUAGUUUCACUUUGUUAAGUUUUGAACUCAAAGUCCAGAACAUAAAAACUGUGCAGGGAAAGUGGUUUGUGAUUACAUUUUCACUUAACCCAUUUAAUCUCAAAUUUUUCCCAGACAUGAAAAUAUCCAAAUCAAGUGUCAUAGUAAUAACCCUUUGAAAUAAUCAAUCAUUAUUUUUUUUACAUUUUCAUGUAAAAGUAGGUGAAAGUGUAUUGUGACCGGUGGGAUAAUGUUAUGUAUACUGAAUUAACAUUUCUCCUUGGCAGUCAUCAAAAUUAUUAUAUAUCCCAGCCCAGUUAUUAACUCAUUUUAAACUCUGUCACUGGCAGUCCCCAAUAUUGCCACUAGAAUGCCCCAUCACAUUCUAGUGUGAUUAUUUUACAUAUCAAAAACCCUUAUACAAAACCCCCAUCAAAAUACCUUAUACAACACCGAUAUGAAUACUGAGAGCAAAGACAAAGAAACAAAACAACCAUCAACGUAUUUCAACAUUGUUACUUUUGUGCAACAUGUAUUGAGACAUGAAUAUUGUUACUUUAACAUUUGAACUUGUACUUUAGUGCAAUAUUCAUUUUAACAUUGUCAUUGUGACAUUUUAGUGCAACACUCACUAACAACUGUAUAGCAGUCGUGUGAUUUAUUUCCACUGAACAUAAAGGUAACAUUUAGGAUAGAAGUAGCCUGUAGAACAUGCAUUCAAGUAGAGGCCUAUGCUAAACAAAAUAAUAUAUAUAUACACAUAAAAAGCACCACAUUGAGUGCAUAUAUAUAUAUAUAAAAUAGAGGUAGGCUUCAGAACCAAGUGCAUGAUUAGUUUGUGCAUCACUAUUUUGAAACACGAUCAGUCAGACCUGUCAUACAGUAUGUCGAAUCAAUUGACCUUUACCCCCAAAAACUUCUUUUUCGUCUACUUUUAUUUUCUUCCAAGAGUCUGUUGUACUGCUUCUUCUCACCCUUUAUCCACUUUUCUAUUUUUCUU